AUGCAGAGUCUUCGAUCCGUUAGCACGCAGGCAACGCGCGGAGGGAGAUGGGUUGCGUCUCGCCGUAAUUUCUCUUCGUCCAAAGAUCGCGAGCUUGGGCUGAAAGAAGCUCUUGUUGAGAGCGGAUAUGCUUGCAUAGGUGUUGUGCUCUACUCUGCUCUUGCAUUUGGGCGGAGAGAACUUGCUUAUCAAGAAUUAUAUGAGGCGAAGAAGCUUGCCAUGUCGCUGAUAUGA